GAACAUAUUAGGGAAGUGUGACCGUUUCAAAUAUAUAAUCACUAAUGACAGAUGUAUGCCCUUUGGCCAUCAGUAACUGACCAGAAACAAAAGACAAAAGCACAUAUGCUAUAUCAAUUAUAUUGGCAAUAAGUACCACAUGUGUCUGGGAGAUAUGACCUCGGGAACUGGCCAGAAACAAAAGACAAAGCACAUAUGCUAUAUCAAUUAUCUAAGCACUCAGGACACUCUGUGUCUGGGGACUCUUGACCACAGGAACAUGAUCAGGGACAAAAGCAUAUACAAAUUAGCAACAUAUGUUUAAAUGGUAUCUAGUCUAAUUAAUUAUAAGUUGAGGGGGAGUGUUAAAUAUGGUAAUAUCUAAAACUUAUAAUUUAAGCAGACCCAAUAGCAGUGCAGAUAGUUUUGGGGCGUAAUUUAGGCCUAGCCAAUCGCAAAAACAAGGCAUCUAUGGGCGGUAAUACAGGAUGGCCAUAAAUACAGCGUACCAUGAGACCUGGACAAUACAAAAGUUUUAUUCACAGAAACAUUUUUCUGACGAUAAAAAAACAAGAUGUCUCAACACAGCGCUAAUAGCAUGUUUAACAACUUUGGGGACAUUACAGAUUCUCAGUUAGCGGCUGUUAUGGAUGUUGUAUUACCACCAUUGCCCUAUUCACAAACAGAAGAUAUUUUAGGACUAACAGCUAGAGACCUAAACAUUCUUGACUGUGCAACUCUAAAAGAGCCCGACAUUGAGAUCAUUGCGCAUAAUGUUGAGAGCCGUGCAACACACAAAAAACCAUCACAGACUGAAAAAAGGGGGAAAACAUUUCGUAAAAAAAUCAAGGCAAAUAACGCAUCAGAAAAGGAGAAUAUUCCCCCUGUAGAGCGUGUUUUGAUGCCUUCAGCCCCACGUAAAGUAACCCAAGCUGAAAUACACAAUAGAACAACUAAAACAUCUAAGAGAAGUAAAACAGGCCAGAUAUCUGAUACAAAAGAAAGAAGAGCAACCAAAAACAUCACAAAUCCUGUUGUUCCUGGACUCCACAAAACAGAAGUCGUUAAAUCAAAGCCAUUACUAAAAAAUGAUUUUAAUGGAUCAAUAAGGACCUUGCCAUUGUCUCCAGUUUCUAAUCUUGAUGAAUCUACAUCACAAGCUGUCAAGGGUGGUGAGUCAGCAUGUAUAAUACCAAGUAAUGUUAUCAGGUAUGUUCCAAAGCAGUCUGUUAUACAGAGCACACCUUUAGCUGGUAGGGGUGUAAGUAAUGUGAAGAGGCAACUCACAUAUGAAAAUACCCCACCUGCUAAACAAAAACGCGUCGCAGAAACACAAACAGAAAACAGUUUAGAUGUUGCGUUACCAGCAGAAGGCCUGUAUACUCACAUUUUACAUUUUACAGGUCUUAGAACUUGGAGUAAAAAAGUACAGAGUGCAUUGAGUCAUAUGGGGAGUCUAAACCACAGAUGGCUUAACAUGGUUAAUUUUUUAGGGCACCUUAACAGACAGGCCAUGGCAUUAGGUAGUACGGCGCCUGAAGAGUCUAAGGGUGCAGAGAUAAUAGCUGUUUCUGAAAAGUACACAAAAUUAAGUAAGGUUCUUAAGGCUUUUGAAAAAGAAAUAGGUGAAACAGCAUGACUAAAAAUGGUUGGUGGUGGUAGGUUAGAAAAAUUUCCCAAACUGUCUGUGAACAGAACUAAAACUAUCAAUCGGGCUGUUAAAAUGUUAAUAAGUGCCAGGGCUUCUUUGAAGGCUAGGGCACAUAGACGUCUUUGUUGUAACAAUGCAAAUCUGCAUGCUACAACAUCGACUUCUUUACCCAUUCAAUCAGGGGUCCUCAAAACACAUGACACACCACACAAAUCUGAUAGGUUACAAAUACAGGCCACGCAACAGAAUAGUGGGCGCAGUAAUGUACAGGACAGUGACCAAAGACUGUGUUUGGAAGCUGUUAAUGCUGAUCAUGAUCAAAAUACUGGUGUAUAUUUAGAUGCUAUUUACCAUCAACAGAGAGACCUAGCCAACUUUAACGGUGUUAUGUAUAUUGACCAUUUUAGAUUUAUAAACUUAGACAGAAUACACUCAUUUGUGGAUGCUGUUAAUGCUGUGCAUUCCAGUAUUCAAAAUUUACUGAACAGAACCUUACCAGACAUAGCACCAGGAGAUUUUGUACAGUUGCGUCUUGAGGGUGGGAAUGCUUUUGACCCUGUAUAUUCCACAAAACAGUCUAGUGAAGCUUUUAAUGCUGACACUUUUUUGAAUUGCAUUGCGAAUGCUUUACAGAGUAAUGCAGAAUGUCUUGCUGGCAAUUCUCUAAAACUUGUGGUAGUUGUGAUCAGGAAUAGGCGCGGUGGUGUGAAAAAACGGUUGCGUGCAAUCCCUUACAGCAAAAUUAUCAGUGGUAAAAAGCAAUGGUUGUAUGAUUUUAACAAUUAUACUACAAAUCUGUGUCUGGCAGCCAGUCUAUACGCCUUGAUGGAUAAUGAUGAUGUCGGUGAUGCCGUUUUACUAGAACGUGCCAAACAGUUACACAGGGUUCUAGACAUACCAGAGGAUCAGCUAGUGUCUUUUAAUGACAUUGCGGAGUUUGAAAAUUACUUAAACGUUAACAUUAAAAUUCUGUAUUUCAGUCAGGGGCGCUGGCAGUUUUAUCAUACAGGGGCGGCAUCCAGAGAAAAGAUUUUAUUUGUUUUACACCAUGAAAACCAUUAUUAUGGUAUUAAAAAUGUGAAAAGUUUUAUUGGUGAGUCAUACUUUUGUGAGAGAUGCAAUUCUGUGUAUCACCACAAGAAUAAUCAUGGCUGUCAGCAGUUUUGUAAAGCAUGUCAUAGAAUGGAUUGUAGGGAUGAAAUAGGUAUUCAGCCUAGGUGUUUUAACUGUCGUGUGUUUUGUCGUUCAAAAGACUGUUUGGAAUUGCAUAGACAGCUGGCUCUUGAUGACGAGAGCAUUUGUAGACUUAAAACGUUUUGUGACUCCUGCUACCGAUAUGUGUGUAAUGGGGAUGAGCAUAAAUGUGGUGGGCUGCGCUGCAGUGUGUGUGGUGUGCGUGUUGGGAAAUUUGACACACACAUUUGUUACAUGCAAAAGUGCAAAGCACAAAAAAGGUGUGAAAAAUACAUUAUCUAUGAUUUUGAAUGCAUGCAGGAGACAGGCACACACAUUCCAAAUUACAUCUAUGCCGCAAACUUGCACGGUUCCCCCGCUUGGGAGUUUGAAGGUAACGACUGUGUGCAAAAAUUUGUCCAGUUUUUUACUAGUGGCGUAUUUGACCAUUACACAUUCAUUGCACACAAUGCAGGGAGGUACGAUUCGUAUUUUAUUGUUCAAGAACUGAUCAGGGAAAAACUCCAAAUACAAAUAAUAAAUCAAGGGGGUAAACUGUUGUGCGUAACACUACCUGAUUUGAAAAUGCGGUUCAUAGACUCUUUAAACUUCCUGCCCAUGAAGCUCAGUAAAUUACCAGAAGCUAUGGGCUUUUCAGGGUCCAAAGGUUAUUUUCCACAUUUUUUUAACACAGAGCAAAAUCAAAACUAUAUUGGGCCCAUGCCAAGCAUCAAAUUUUAUGGUACAGAUUACAUGAUGCCUGGUGAGAAAAAUGAAUUCAUGACAUGGUACACAGAACACAAAGAUGACACAUUUAAUUUUCAGAAAGAACUAAAAGCAUAUUGCAAACAGGAUGUGGAGGUUUUAAGAAAGGCCUGUGAGUGUUACAGAGACAGGAUCAUGGCAAUGACAAAAAAGAAACGUACAUAUUACUGUAAGCGUAAAAAGAGGCGUGUUGUAGUCCGUAGAUCUAUUGAUCCUUUUCAACUUGUUACACUGGCGUCUGUCUGCAUGGCUAUGUACAGAUUUAAAUUCAUACCAUUAAACACUAUAGCCAUUGUACCAGGAGACAAUUACCACAAGACACAAAAACGUUUUUCUACACCGGCUAUCCAGUGGCUUUUGUAUGUAGCACAUACAGAAAAUAUUCCUAUACAGCAUGCAUUAAGGGGUGGUGAAAGGAGGGUUGGAAGGUACUUUUUGGACGGCUAUGCUUUUGUUGAUGGUAAGCACGUUGCUUUUGAAUUUCAGGGCUGUUUUUAUCAUGGUUGUCCUGUUUGCUACAAUGAGGCUGACUCCAAUGAUGUAACAAAUUCAACAUACGGACAAUUAUACUACACAUUUUUGGUUAAAAAAAGAUAUCUGCAAGAAUGUGGCUUUAUAAUUCGUUUGAUGUGGGAGCAUGAAUGGCAUGAAAUGCUUGAAAAGGAUGAACGGCUUAAAGAAUUUAUCCAUAAAAUGCAGUUUCCAAUACCCCUGGAUCCCCGUGAUGCGCUUUAUGGCGGUAGAACAAACGCUAUCAAACUGUAUCACAAAGUAGAGGAUGGUGAAAACAUAAAUUAUUAUGAUUUCACUAGCCUUUACCCCUUUGUUAAUAAAACCAAGACCUAUCCAGUUGGGCACCCAAAAAUAAUUUACGAAAAUUUUGGUUACAUCAAAAAAUACUUUGGUCUUGCUAAGGUCAAAGUAUACCCACCAAGGGAUUUGUUUUUUCCAGUCUUACCUAUGAAACUGAACAAAAAACUCAUGUUCCCUCUCUGUUACACAUGUGCUUUGAAUUGUCAGGCAGAACUAUGCACACACUCUGAUGAGCAGCGCUCUCUGACUGGUACGUGGACGACUAUGGAACUAGAGGUAGCUAUAGAAAAGGGUUACAGAAUAGCACAAAUCUAUGAGAUCUGGCAUUUUGACAAUUCCAGCAAUGACUUGUUUACACAAUACAUUAAUCUACACCUCAGGGACAAACAAGAAGCAUCAGGUUAUCCAAACUGGUGUACUGAUGCGGCCAAGAAAAAACAAUACAUUGCCGCAUUUUAUGAAAAAGAGGGCAUACAGUUACGUGCUGAUAAGAUAGCCGUAAACCCUACAAAACGUCAAAUUUCCAAAUUAUUUCUCAAUUCAUUGUGGGGCAAGUUUGGCCAGAGGUCUAACCUACCACACACCAGCAUUGUCACAGACCCCGAUGAACUUUUUAAGUUAGCAUUUCUGCCUUACUAUGAACUUUCUGAGGUUAAUUUUAUAAAUGAUGAGACAGCUGCUGUAAAUUGGAAAUACAGUAAGGAACGGUACACAAUCAAUAAAAACACCAACAUCUUUAUAGCCUGUUUUACUACAGCAUAUGCCAGACUAGAAUUAUACAAACUUCUAGACAGGCUACAAGAAAGGUGCCUCUAUCAUGACACAGACUCUGUUAUUUUUGUGAGUAAAGAAGGUGACUGGAAUCCACCACUGGGUGAUUAUCUGGGUGAACUGACCAGUGAGGUGCCAAAUAACACACAUAUCACAGAAUUUGUAUCUGCAGGGCCCAAGACAUAUGGUUACAGGCUUAACACUGGUAAAACAACCUUGAAAGUGAAAGGCAUAACGCUCAAUGUUGCUAACACCCAGGUUAUUAAUUUUGACAGCCUGAAAGAUCUGGUUCUGGAUUACCCACACAAUACAGAUGUUAAGACGCAAAAGACAAUAGGAACAGAACAAUCUGGUAUUGUCAGAAACAAGAAACGUUGGCAGAUAGAGACCAGGACACUACGGAAAACACAAAAGUGUGUUUAUACAAAGAGACAGCUGUCAAACGAUUUUACAACAUUACCUUUUGGCUACUAAAUAGAGGCCAUGGAUACACGGCUUCAACAUCCAUUCUCCUGUAUUUUAGCAGGACCAUCAAAUUCAGGGAAAAGUUAUUUUGUAAAACAGCUAUUAGUCAAUGCUGAGACACUUUUGUCACACAAACCUGAUAAUAUUGUUUGGUUUUAUGCAUGCUGGCAAAAAUUGUAUGAUGAAUUAUCUUCUUCAUUUCCCCAUAUUAGGUUUAUUGAGGGUCUGCCUCAAACAUUUAUGGAUGAUGAUUUGUUCCCUCCUGGUAAGGUAAAUUUGACAAUUGUUGAUGACCUUAUGGAAAGUGCUAGUGAGAAUGUUGAAAUAGAAAAAGCAUUUACCAAGUAUGUGCAUCACAGAAAUUUAAGUAUUAUGUAUCUUGUGCAAAAUGUGUUUUGUCAGGGUAAGAAAAGCCGGACAAUAAACUUAAACACCAAAUAUAUGGUGCUUUUUAAAAAUCCGCGUGAUAAGUUACAAAUUAUUACACUGUCACGACAAAUGUACCCUGGAAAAACACGUUUCUUUUUAGAAGCUUUUGAGGAUGCAACAAGUCAACCCUAUGGGUAUUUACUAGUUGAUUUAAGAUCCAACACCCCUGAGGAACUCCGGUUAAGAACGGGUCUAUUCCCACCAUCCCUACCAGCGGUGUACGUAGUUAAGAAAAAUUGCUCUAAAAAGUAAGUUUUUCAUUGUUGUGUGCAUUCUUAAUACUAUAUGCAUUGGUGGUAGGAUGUCUAGCAGACUGCGUCGCAACUGGGCCCUUUUAAAAGCCCUUGUGACCGCUAGAGCAUCUGAUAGAAAAUCUAUUUUACGAAAAGCCAGUAAUGAUUUGAUAGCCGCCAUUAGUGAAAUUGCUCUUAAUGUGCUUAAAGGGCGAAUACCUCUAAAAAAGCCCCAAAAGAGCAUUCUAAAGAGGUGGCGAAAAGCUAUAAAAAAACUAAGUGAUAAAAAAUUUCCUAUCAGAGGUAAAAAACGGCUUGUGACACAGACAGGGGGUGUCAUUGCUCCUCUUUUGAGUUUUGCGAUUCCGUUAAUAGCUAGCUUGUUUGGUAAUAAGACUGCUAGCUAAUCAUAAUGGAAAAUGCUGAUAAAAUGUACCUGGUAUCCAAGCUUGAACUUGACAGGCUAAAAAGACCCCUUCCCGCAGUACCUGACAUCCGCCAGAGUGUUACACAGCGUUUAGAUACUGAAAUCAGUGAAAUUUUACAUAGGAAUGACUUAUCAGAUGAUGAAAAAAUUAAAAGAUACACAACUGUGUUGCAGAGAUACUUGGUAUUUGCUAAACAGGAUGCAAAGGAAUUGUCAACUUUAACAUUGCUAAUGCCUAAUAGUACACAACAAACACCAAGUGCCAUCAGUAACGAAGAUAAUGCUGUCCCAGAAAUACUAAGACAUGUAAAUGUCCGUUUCAAGAAAAAUGCAGAACUAUUGUUAAACAAACUGCGACAGGCUGGAGAAAUCACAUCUUGGAAUGAAAGAGGGGAAUUUAUUUACAAAGGUAAAACCCUCCCUGGCUCCAACAUGUUGGACUUGGUACGCACUACCACACAGAGUCACGGAAUGAUCAAAAGCAAAAUGCCGCAUGGCUGGGAUUCUUUUAUGCACGCCAUGGCUGAAUUAAACAUCCCCUCUACAGUUGUUGGCAAUUCAACUACGAGAUCACUUCUGGACAAUGUAAAAAUACAGUUACAUGGGGCUUCUUCACCGCUGAACACUAUGUCUCUUGGACCUUAUAAAAAACAAGCUUUAACAACCGCAUCACCAGGAUUAACACAGGGUAGUUUACUUCCAAAGAAAAGAGGUUUCCCUUUGUUACAGACAACCUGGUUGACGCUGUAAAUAUUUUGUAACACUGUAAAUACAUGUUGUGUUUUAAUGUGAAUAUUGAUUGUAUAUUACAUUUUUGUUUCUAUUCAUACUGUUUACCAUUCUACUGUAUGACUUGUUAUUUAAUAAAGAGAAUUUAAUGGAUAAAAA